UGCUUGCUGGCAAUGUCCCACCGCUGUAGCGGCCGUCCUCACAAAGAAUAGCUGGAACUACGUCGGUGCAACUUACGACCACGUUACAGGAAAGGCAGCAGUUUGGCAUGACGGCGCCGAAGUUGGAAGCGUCAAUGCCGGCUCUAUAGAGUUAUUAACCCAGCGCGAGAUCAGGGUGGGAUCCCGGAUGUGGACUACCUAUGGUUGCUACUCCGGACGGAUGUCUUGCCUGCAGCUUUACGACUACGUCUUGGAUGAAAACGAAAUUGCUGUAGCAAGGAGGAAAUGUGAAGGAACGUGCCCGUAUGGUUGGCAUCCGGCCGGAUAUGUCUGUUACAGACUUUUCCAUGAGACAGUCACUUGGGAGACCGCUGAUGCCAGGUGCAGGCAAGAAGGAGGCCGGCUAGCCAGCGUCAAGAACGAAGACACACACAAGUUUCUUGUUGCGCUGAAGAGCAUAGAAGACCGAGAGAUCCACGUCUGGAUCGGUCUACACGACUGCCUUAGCUGUUUCAAUCUCGCUCUGCAGAAGACUGCAACCAGCACCGAUUCGGCCCAUAGGAGUCCCGGCAAUGCAGUAGACGGAAACACCGAUGGAAACCAUCAUGGUUCUACCCCGUGUUUCCACUCCUUGCCGGACAUUUCCAACCCUAGCUGGUGGGUGGAUCUUGGUCAAUGGUACAGGAUUGACAGAGUAGUCAUCUUCAACCGUCUGGACUGUUGCUCGGAGAGAAUCAACCCCUUUAACAUCCACAUCGGGGAUUCUGACCAGGUUGCCGCGAACCUCAAGUGUGGCGGUGAUCAUCAAAUGGCCGUGAACCAGCCGUCCAUUUCCGUCCCGUGCCAGGGGAUGUGGGGACGGUACGUGGGCGUUCGCCUUCCCGGCUCCUCCCGAACCCUGCAACUGUGCGAGGUCCAAGUCUUUUCAGUUCCAGACGAUCCUCUGGCAGAGUGGACGUGGGCAGACGGGACGCCUCUCAGUCAGCAGGACUUCAGGGGAUGGACUCCGUCCGCUCCUGACGAAAGCUACGAAAACUGCGUUCUGUACUAUUCAUGGAGGACUCAAUCACGGCGAGAUCUUUGGGAAGAUGUUGAAUGUUCGCGUACCCAUGAGUUCUUCUGCGAGCGAGUAAACCCACCAGAAAACCUGACUUGCAGUUCAACAACUACGAACUCCAUUGAAGUGGAUUGGCUGUACACAGAGCUGUAUCCUUACACCCCACUAUCGGGAUAUCGUGUUUGGUAUCGACACGUGCUAGACGACAUAUAUAGAGAGCCGACCGAGGUGACAAAUCCACCUCCAGAAGCUACAAGCGUCGUCAUUUCCGGUUUAAAGAGCGGCUCUAUGUACAGCGUCUCAAUUCGUGCACUGGUGGGAACAACUCAGAGUCUUGAUGUCAUGGUGCAGUGUAUAACUGAGACAGACGUUCCUGUGUUUCUGGCUUGUGCGGAUGCAACUUUGUCUUCAGUUGAAAUCAGCUGGAUCAGCCCACAAGCGCUACUUGUCGGAUACAGAGCAACCUACACCCUCAUUGACCAGGAUAACCCUACAACGAUCACCACAGAGUUAGGAUCUGGAAACCAGUCCCAUGUACACCAAGGUGCCCUGACUGACCGGGAGUAUCGUGCCACGCUGGUGGCAGUUGGGUUGUACAAGGAUAGCUUGCCAGUUGACAUCACCUGUGCAACAAUGACACCAGCUCCGGAGGAUUUUGCAGUGACAAGCAUCACUGGUACCUCUGCCAAAGUGUCAUGGGUCCCCAGCACUAGUUCCAUCGCUACUGGGUACAAAGUGUGGAUAAGGCAGUCGGGGUCUGCUGAUAUAAUUCACAUCUACAUUCCCCAGUUAAGCCAGAAUGAGGUGACCUUUGAAAACCUCAUACCAGCCACAGAGUACACAAUAUCAGCAGCAACUAUCAACAUGUACGUCGAAGGACCGGAGGUAAACCUGACCGUGGCAACAGAAACCCACCCUCCUUUGGCUUUGGAUGUUGACGACAAGACCACCGAUACUUUAGUCAUCUCGUGGCUGCCCCCAAGAGGUGUGAUCAUCAAAUACUCCAUCAACUACACCGGAAAUGGGAUUAUGGCGUCACAAGAGGUAUCAGGAGACGUGAACCACUGUGAGCUGACGGGUUUGAUUCCUGGGACACCGUACGACAUCGACUUGGUGGCCGUUAGCAGGUUUGGAAGGAGCAUCGCAGUCAGUACAAACAUUCUUACAGACCCACCUUUAAGUCUGGAAGUCAGUGGCCUUUCUGCAACCUGGAUGGUCUUACAGUGGAAGGCUCAUGUGGCAGAGAUAUUGUCAUUUGAAAUCAAAGUUUCCAACCCAUUUGACAGCACAGGGCGUUUGUUCAGUAUGAAUGGAUUGCAGACAUCCUAUAACUUCACAGACCUGCUGCCUGAAACUGAGUACACUAUAAAGAUAACUGCCAUCAGUGAGCAAGGGCGAAGCGUUGAAAUCACUUUGUCAAAACGAACAGGAAGCCCCAUCAGGACAACAAAGGAGACCUACGAUGAAGCAGGUACCACCACAACUAGUACUACUGGUACCCUACAGGGGCAGUCAGCAUCUUUUACGCUGACAACACAGGCCGCAACACCAGUUCCAGAUUCUGGUCCAGGGGUAUCCAAUACAUUCCAAGCUAAAACAACUGAGGGUCCUGAAGAACAGCUCCUACACAUGCUACAAGCUGUGGAAUCAGGAGUUCUGGACAAGGCAAGUCCAGAAGAAAUCCUGUCUGAGCUGAACAACGUGAGAAAAAUCAUCGGGGCGGACGCCAGGUCAGCAAUGCCGCCAUCAGUUAUGCAAAGUACAACAGAACUCAUCGAGAAGCUUGUUGAUGCAACAAGAGGAGCACAAGGCAUGACAGUAGGAAACGUAGAAGCCAUGACCAACGCAUUGGUAGAGACAGCUUCAACCAUUCUCGGUAUGCUACCGGAGGGAGAAACUCCGAUUACGGCUGAUGUCAAGAGUCUGCUUCAAAGUAAUCUCGUUGAUGUCAACUCUGGUGACCUUUCACCAAAGCAGCAACUGAAGAUGCUGAAAGACAGGCGGCGGGAAAAAGAAGAUAUGCAACAACGAGCUGCAGUGAACAUUGUGACGUCAUUGGACAACAUUGCUGACACACUGUUAGCAUUGCAGCCAGAGGACACAGAAUACCAGGCAACAUUUACAACUAGGGACGUUGCUGUUACCAUGUCCAGAUCCAUGUUGAAUGUCAGUUUUUGA